AUGCAGAUGCUACGCGGCGAGGAGCAUCCGGACACUAUCUCAGCCAUGGCCAACCUCGCCAACACGCUGGGCGAUCAAGGCAAGCUGGCGGAGGCGGCCAAGAUAAAAUCGGAGGUUCUCGAUAAGAGGAGGCGGAUCCUAGGCGAGGAGCAUCCGUCCACUAUAUCAGCCAUGGCCAACUUCGCCAACACGCUAGGCGAUCAAGGCAAGCUGGCGGAGGCGGCCGAGAUGAAAUCGGAGGUCCUUGAUAAGAUAAGGCGGAUCCUAGGCGAGGAGCAUCCGGACACUAUCUCAGCCAUGGCCAACUUCGCCAACACGCUAGGCGAUCAAGGCAAGCUGGCGGAGGCGGCCGAGAUGAAAUCGGAGGUUCUCGACAAGAGGAGGCGGAUCCUAGGCGAGGAGCAUCCGGACACUAUCUUAGCCAUGAACAACCUCGCUAACACGCUAGGCGAUCAAGGCAAGCUGGCGGAGGCGGCCGAGAUGAAAUCGGAGGUUCUCGACAAGAGGAGGCGGAUCCUAGGCGAGGAGCAUCCGGACACUAUCUCAGCCAUGGCCAACCUCGCUAUCACGCUGGUCGAUCAAGGCAAGCUUGACGACGCUGCUUCUCUUUCGAAAUUUGCCUAUAUGCAGAUGGCAAAAGCUCCGGAGAUGGACUCGACGUCGAGAAUAUCCAGUGCCUCUAUGAAAUUCACCGUCAGCGUUACCAAGCGUUCCUCGAGAAUGGAAGUGCAGAUCGAAGUUUGA